GUGACAAAGACGGGAAGACACGUUAGGCGGUGUCAGGGGUUGCGCCUGGGUACGGGCUCACCUGCCCGGCUCCAUCCCGGCGUGGGGGGCACGGUCGGGCUUCCCCCGUCUCGGGUGGCGCGUUCCCUGCACACGCACGCUUCGGAACACUCUGCGGCGAGCGUUGGGUGAAAUGGGCAUUGCCCCCGCUUCGGUUUGCGGGCUCGCCACCUCUGUUUUUGUUCUACAGCCUACUGUUAAACAGUGCAAAAUACUUGGGCAUUACCAGUGCUUUACAGCACUAAGCAAGUAUAAAACCCAAAAUUCCUACCAAAAGCAAACUGUUUUUUGCUGGUUAAACAAUGCUUUCGUAGACUGAUUCAGAAGGAAGUUAAAGAGCGUCCAUCCCAGGCCCAUAAAUGAAUAUAAAUAGUCUUACAGAUCACGUGAGUAUGAAGUGUGCAAUCAGGAUUUUCAAUGAUCAUUACAGUUUUUAGUACAACAGGACGAGAGUCACCUCCAUUCUGUUUUACAGGGUAAAAAUGAACGUGGGAGUUGCCCACAGCGAGGUAAAUCCAAACACACGGGUGAUGAACAGUCGUGGAAUGUGGCUGACAUAUGCGCUUGGAGUUGGCAUGCUGCACAUUGUCUUGCUCAGCAUUCCUUUCUUUAGUGUCCCUGUCGCCUGGACUUUAACAAAUGUGAUUCACAACCUGGGAAUGUAUGUGUUUUUGCAUGCAGUAAAGGGAACUCCUUUUGAAACACCUGAUCAGGGGAAAGCUAGGCUGCUGACACACUGGGAACAACUGGAUUAUGGAGUACAGUUCACAUCUUCAAGAAAAUUCUUCACAAUCUCUCCUAUAAUUCUGUACUUCCUGGCCAGUUUCUACACAAAGUACGAUCCAACACACUUUAUCCUCAACACAGCCUCUCUCCUGACAGUGCUUAUCCCCAAGCUGCCACAGUUGCAUGGCGUUCGAAUCUUUGGCAUCAAUAAAUACUAAGCAGAAGGUUUGACACCAACUGCCCCUGACAAGGCUAUGGGUGCUCCCCAGGUGAAGGAAACGAGUAGUCUGCUGUGCCGUGUAUCUAAUCGUAUUCAAUGAGAGAUGCUUUUACAUCCAAGAUACAAUUCCUACUCCCUGCAGCAUUGUCUGGGAUGAAAGUGGAGUUUAUAGGAAGAUACCUUCAAAUACUUCAAUGUAAAUCGGAAACCUCUACAAGAAAGAUUUCCAUGAAGAGCUGGGCAGGCCCAGCUCUAAAGUGUAACCACCAGCGAGCCUGUAUGUCUGCCUGGCUGAUGCAAGUGACUUGUAAGGAAGGUGCGAGUAACAGUUGAAAUGGAGAGUAACGUUUCACAAAUACCCAGUCAACCGUAAUGCAAGUGGUAACUUUACACAUAAAUCCAGGAUCCUCAAUGCCAAGGGCUGGUGAGGCCGCAUUCUUAGGUUGAGUGAAAGUAGCUGGUUUCUGCUGUACGGAUCGUAGGUGGUUAUGCUUGUUAUUGUGUUGUAGAAGCUCGUCUCACAGUAAAUACUGUGACAGCUAGCAUAAACCGAUGGUGUAAUUCAUGCCUUA